CCGGAGCGGAUAAUUACCAAAACAAAAUGUGACACAGUUUCCAGAUAUGCUGAAUCGAAUGGGGUUAGCAGUUUUUGGAUAAAUUUUUUUGUUUGUUCUGACCAGAUCGUACGGGGUUUUCCGUUGUAAUAUAGAUCUUUUCCUUGAUAGAAGUACAGAUAGAUGUGCUUCUACUGAUCUACACACGCACUGGGCUUAACAAGACUGUCCUUAGGCUACGAUUAUAGUGAGAAAAUCGAACUCCCCGUUCUUCCUGCAACGUCGAUUUUCAACAGUGUUUUUCAAGUGCAGCAGUAUGUUUACGAGGUGCUUUGUGCUUUUGGAGGAUUACGGCAAAAGAAUGUGGAUCAAACCAACUGGCACGCAUACUUUUCUACGACUGCAGCAUCAUUACCAUGAUCGAAAUACUGACCAACGUCGAAAUAUUAACCAUAUAUUGGCCGGUUGAAAUACUUAUAUUCAUUCGCCCAGCUGAACAUAACACUGAGCCAUUCAAAAUUUGAAGGACACUCAAAACUGAGAAAAUCAAAAACCGGUUGCAUUAGAAACUCUUGAGCUAAUGCACGUACGAUAUUACGGUGCCUUUCGAAAUGUUUGCUGGGUGACCGGAAAACAAGCAUCUGCAGCAAUGACAGAGGCGUCAGGUACAUUGUGUGGCGUUACGAAUCAUGACCACAGGCUUCGUUAUAUGGCAGGUUUUCAUUUGUUGCUGUUUUGCUUGUACAAUAAAUAAGCAAGCGUGGAUAGAUCGCAAUGCAGGUAGGAUCGCAAUGCUUGUCUAAUGGUGCACUAUGUGGCAUUAAUAUUGUUCCGUCCCGCAAACUUGCAAGUGCACAAGAGAGUAGAAAGAAUGGAAUAGUCAAUUUGGGACAUUCACCUUCGUUUGAACUACCUAAUCAGACGGAAAAACCUGCAAUUAUGCGUCCAGAAAUCGGCUCCGCGGUUACGCUAUCAUGUAUCAUGCAUUAUCCAGAGCGUAGUGACAAAAAUAAUACCGGCAAAUAUCCAAUAUGGGAUCAUUCUGUCUUGGGAAACCUUUAUAAAGAUACUUCAUUUAAAUGCGGCUCAAUAACAGAUUGUUAUAUCUGUCAUUGUAAGCGCACCGUUCAACUCGGACCAUAUUAUUUGAAAUGGAACACAGUGACACUGGAGUUCGCCUCGCAACCGAACCGGCUGAUGUCAACAUUACACAUAGCAGAAGCUAUUCAGUUCUUCGCUGGUUUAUAUACGUGUACGGAAAGAAACCCUCACAAUGUAUCAACUAUCACUUCACGAAUUCUGAUGAGCCCACUUUAUCAGCCGAAGGAUGUUUUUGUUCCUGCAAUGCAGAAUGUCACCGCGCGCAAAGGUCAAGCAGCUGAGUUCCACUGUUACACACAGUUUGAAUUGUUUAAAGGGACAGACAAAGAUUAUAGCAAUCGGUUCAUCUGGUACCAUGAGAAGGGCAUCCUCUAUGCCCCAAAGACGCAUCCAUUUAGCGUCCUUAAAAUUGACGCUGAAACACUGGGUAGUGAUUACAAAGUUGAUGGGAUUUUAUCCGAAAAAGGAACAUGCUCGUGCUAUUCAACUUUGACCAUUCAUAACACUUCACCAGUUUCGGCUGGACGUGUUGAGUGCUGGUUUCAGAUUGAUCCGUUUUUGGAUGAAUGGCUCAUUCAGUCUGCUCAUCUUAUUGUCCACAAAGAAAACUGAUAUUUUACGAGUAUUGUGCGCAAUAUCGCAAUUGUUUUAUUAUUCGCACUUAGAAAAAAGAAUAGGUUGCCUUGCGAUGUCAUUAGGGAACAUUCAUAGUUUACGUACGCAGCGGAUCAAGAUAUACUUACUGCAGCAGAUAUAUGUCACAAUCUGACAAAGAAUUGCUAACUGUUCCUACAGCCAUGUCAGGCUGCUCCAAAAGAGAUAUAUUUUGAAUCUGGACUUGCAGACCCGUCACAUGCAGUCUCCGCACUUUGCUGCGAAAUCUUUUAAUUUCGAUUAAGUGCUGAUCGCCAACGUCAAAUCGAUCUCGCGCCCCGUGUUAGGAUGUCUCAGCGAACCAGUAAUACGUCUAACAUAUACCGAAAGCGCAAGAGUAUGGGACGUACAAGCAUGCAAAAUAUAGAAUCUGUUCUAUUCGACUCGCAACCCAAGGCUGACGACCGAAAUACAGUGCGUUCUGAUGCGGAGGGAUAUACAGCAGCACUCGCUCAAGUUCCUUUCGAUACAGUGGCGCCAAAGGCCGUUUAUGAGCGAGAAAGCGAUAAAAGUGGUCAGGGACGAGCGAGUUUACUUAACGAAGCGGAACUCCAGAAAUAUUAUGUGAAAGAUCCUGAACCUAUUUGCCAGUGCGGCGCUGGGCCAGAGGAUGUGUCUUACCGUCACGAUGCUUGCUCUAGCGUCGCACGCUGUCAGUCCGCCAAGGAGAAGCGCACCAAUCGGUUAUCCAGUGUCAUAACCGCUGAUCGUGCCGAAAAUGCAGAUUUGCCUGACUUGUCCGUUCUUGGAGAUGUCAGUUCCCAGCUCCCACCUAAUUCGCGCAGUCAUCUGGAGAAUCUGCGGAAAGAUCUGCGACGUAUCCAAAACCAAUGGGUAUUCGAGCAACGUGUUGGGAAAGUUGCUGAUCCCGAGGAUGUGGAGCGUUUGAUCCACGAAGUGCAGAAUGAAAAAGUUAUAUCCAAUUCGGUGUUUCACGAUGUGGCUCGGCAGGCAGCUGGCGAGUGUGAAGCUCGCGGUGACCUUUUGGACUCUAUUCGAAAAAAAUACAACUCACUGGUCAGCCAAAUUCCUCCACCAUUGGAACGCAUUGCAAACGAUCUGACCGAACAACGAAACCUCGAUAAAGAACUGGCAACGGUGUUGUUGGACUAUCAGAUGUGGUGGCGACAAAGGUCGCUUCCAUUGGAGAAGAGCCACCAGCAGAGUGAAAGUAUGCAUCACAAUUUGGAAAAAGAUAUCGAAGGGCUAAACACCACUUUAACUACUUUGCACAGCGAAAGCUAUCAACUGAAAAGCCUGAUCACACUCCAUGCUGCUUACCGCGCCCGAUCUGGGCAGAACAUGCAGGAAUUGGUGCUGGCUCGGGAAGAAUGGCAGGAUUCAGCAUAUAAUGUUUGUGGCAAAGGUAUCAAAGAUCAGCGCCUGGUCAAACUAACGGAAAUGCAUGUCCUGCACCAAAUGUGGUACAUCGCAGCAAAGCGGCGAUAUAAGGACUUACAAGUCCUGGAUGACAACGAACUAGCCCAGAUCCAAACAGUAGAGAAAGAAUUUCUCGGAACACUGAAAGCUCUGGAAGCCAGACUCAUAGAACAAGAGACUGGUACGGUGCAGCUCGUGCAGAUUCUUCGGACUGAUAUCGACAAGAAACUCCAUCAUACGCUGUUUCGAAAUUAUAGACAUAUAGAAGUUUUGGAAAGCUUCUCUGCCUGGCAGCAGAUCCUAAACGACAUUGCCGGCUACUUUUCAGAGGAAAAAGAAGCCGAUCACUUGAUUUACGUACAGCGAUUAGAAUUCCUCUUCGAGUCAGUUGUUCAAAGGACGUUGGUGCUGUAUAUUAAGUACCAGAAACGGGAUGAUUCCAUAGCGUCUGAUAAUCCGCAUAGCCAACUACGGAAGUCCUUAAGGCAAGACGUCCUUUUCACGCACCUUGAUCCGAACUACAGAAAGACGUCACCCAUUGAUAGGGAUUUUGGUGCUUUUGUUGCCAGUCCCACUGAAUCCCCGUUGUAUUACUCUAAUCCAGCGUCACCGCUACUGGAACCAGACGCUGCAUUAACCGGGACAGAGUUCGAAGAAUCGUUACAGUUAUUCACUGAUCUACUGGCAAAGCAGUUGGACAAUGCCAGCACAGUAGAUUAUCGGCGUGACCUUUCUGUUUUUUCUCAAAGCAAGCCAUAUGCAGAGUUGUUUCGCUUGUGGCAGAUGUAUAGUGACAUCAAGCUGCAUUUUGUUGAUCGAAUGCAUGGCAGUGCUUCGUUGCGUAAUUGGCUGUUGGAGAUGAACCAGUCUAUUGAUCUAUUAAGAGCUGAUACCGUCAGUGGAUCGGCGUUCACUGAGAAGGUGUGCUUGUUGUUGGAUCGCACCCAUAAUAUGUUGACUCUGAUGAAGAACGAUUUCUCGCUAACAUCGGCUCCGAAAUCACAUAAUAUAAUCAAGCGUUUUACGCAUGCUGCCACCGCUUGGAGUCUGUUUUCCCAGAGUGCCCUGAAUGCCGCUACGGCCUGUGUGUUGGAACGAUUAUCCCUUCUGUUUGUGGAGAUGGUACGCUGCGGCUCGGAAUUAAUGCUGUUAUUGUUUCCUAAUCAGCUAACGCAAAAAGAAGCAAUCGAGAGCAUUGAUGUUUUGCGCGGCAGGACGGAAGCGACUGUCCACGAUCUGGAGCGGAUUUCUGCAGUCCUUGACGGCAUCGUACUACCUCCGCCUCAACACGAAGACGACGUAGAACUCCGCACCAGUUCGCGCGAAAGUUCUAUAAUGGAAUUAGUGGAAAAGUGGAGAAUUUAUUCUGCCUUGUGUGUCAAUUUCGCGUAUGAGACCGUAUCCAAAGAUCUCAUUACAUUCCUUCCCAUGUCGAAAUUGGCAAUCUACGAUAAGAACACUUUAAAAGAAGAACUAGCGUAUGGCGAUUCAGCUGCCAAUUACGACAAAGCGCUCGAUAACAUCUUGGAUAUCCCACCGUGUCUCCACGGAGUAAUUCGAGAUUAUUGGAUAAAAGAUGACCAUGUAGAGAUCGCCUGCGUAGGCGAUGACGAAAAUGUUUACGUUAAACCGUUUCGGCUGAUGACGUCGGUGAACACUGAUCGAACAUUAUCGUCCGAAUUAAUGGAAGAAUUCAGCAAGCUGUCUCAGGAAUUAAGUGCCGAGAAGAUUCGGACGGUUAAACUGACCCUAAAACUGAUGGAGUUAGAAAGGGAGCUCGCCGAAAUCAACCUUUCGAACCAAAACCUGGAUCUGGAUGUACAGUAUUAUCAAGCCAGAAAGCAACAGACAGCGCCACCAGAGAUCGCGCUUCCGGCAAUGCCAUUGGUUGAUUUGGAAGAGAAGAUGUACCAUGCAAAACUGCUGCCGCCAUUGCUGUGUGUAACGGACGAUGCCGAACCGCUUAACGCCAUGCAACCCUGGGAUUACAUCAUCGACAAGACGUUCUACAUUUCGGACACCGUUAUUCUGUUUACUUCGCCGUAACAAUAUCGCGUGUACAUCAUAGAAAUCUGGGCGCCAUUUAACGGCUAUGUUUUCUACGAUAAUACAACGUGAUUAUGUGUUGCAGUACUUAUAAAAUUGUGUGUUCGUAACAUAUCCUUCAGUGUUUAUAGCAGCACAAGAAGAUUUGAAUAGCGGCAAAGCAUUUCAG